CUUGGGUUUUGUAUCCGGCCAGCGGCCUUCGCUGUCUGUUGCUCGGGUGGUUAGGAAGAAUGGGGAAUAGCAAUUGGAGGUCACCGACUUCUGUUGGUUUCAAUUAAUAGUCUCAUCUGUGUUUGGAGGGCUCGGAUCCAAAGGUGAGAUGGGCAGGAAGGUUAAUCGGCUCGUCGAAUGCGGCUGGGCAGGAGACCGGAAGGUCGGACGACGAGGCGGGAGGUUUCUGAUCCAGAUCGCUCAUGCUUUGGUCCCCAUUGGUGAAAGCAUGGAUCGGCUAUAUGCUAAGGCGGAGGCAAAAGCAUUGCAAAGCAGCGGGGAAAAAUACGUGCGGCGAACAAAAAUGCUGUUGUGUGAAGGAGGUGAAGAUUGUUGAAGGGUACAUGAUGCUGAAGCUCGAAUCUGAUGUAAAAAAAAAGUGGUUGGGGCGAGCGUUGGGUGACAGGCUCGCCGGGAAUCUUGAAGCUUCCUUGCGUGUUUUGGCACAUUUAUUUUUUCCAGUUCUCUUCUCAUGUUCAGUUCAUGUCGUUUUCUUGUUUCUGUUAUGAUUUUAUUUUUCAUAGCCUUGAUACUAG